AUGAAAGACUUGGCUGAUCAACACAUUGACAAGGAAGUUUUGAAAUCGCUUUGGUUACAACGUUUACCAACUAAUAUCCAGCAAAUUUUAGCAACGUUCGAUGGCAGCAUCGAAGAAUUGGCUUUGAAAGCUGACACUAUAAUGGAAAUUUCUGCAACAAAUGUUGAUGUUAAUGUGGUCAAGGUACCGGAUGACGGCAUGCAAGCUGCUAUCUCCGACUUGACGAACAGGCUAGAUCGCCUCACACGCAAUAAUCAACGCAACUUCGUCCGCAACGACCGGAGCUACAAGAAUAACGUGUCUCAUCCGCAACGACCUGUUAGUUCUCGGCAGGGCUCAUCUACACCGAAACAGGACACUCUUUGUUGGUAUCACCUUAGCCCUCCGUUUAAAGCGGCCACAACGGAGGCUAACACCAGCUCGUGCCGCCCUUACGUGCGAGACAAAAGUACAUCAUUAAGAUUUUUAAUCGACACCGGCGUCGAAGUGUCUGUAAUGCCCAAGCACAGUGGCGACGAUACGCAGAUUACUACUACGAAGUUAGUAGCUGCUAACAAUACUUUUAUCAACACCUAUG